GCGAAAUAAUUUACAAACAUUAUUCCCAUAUAAUAUUACUUGUUUGUUCCUUUUAAAUAAAAUUUAUUAUAAAUUAGUAUUAAUUAUCGUAUAACCAAAGAUUUAGUAAAAUUUCAAUUAUGAAACGUAUAAAAUGUCUACGAAUUAUGUGAAAUGUUUAGUGUUUAUUUUGGUGAUAUUAAUUUUAUUUAAUAUGUGUGAAUGUAAGAAGAAAGAUGUGAAAACGAAGAAGAGAAAAGUGGACGGAAGUUAUGUGCAGAAAGGUUCACUUGUACACGGGAGAUCUAUCAAAAACAUCACUUCAAAAGAGCAUGGUCGCGGAUUUUUCGGCUCGGGUCUAUUCCCUUUCGGCAAAGUGAUAAAGUUGUUCACCGCGCCUGGUGAUGAAGAUGGCAGAGAGUGUCAACCGACUGGACACACGACAGCUCGAUCGGGGGUCUGUCUUAACGCGUACGAGUGUCACGACCGCCAGGGGAAGGCCUCCGGCGAGUGUGCCAAGGGGCUCGGCGUUUGUUGUGUUUUUGAGGUUUCCUGUGGUGGGACGGUGCAGAAUAAUCUCACAUAUUUCAUGUCUCCCAGCUUCCCUGACCUCUGGAACGGGGAGCAAGACUGUGAUAUCACUAUACACAAGGUUACAGAGGGCAUCAUGCAGUUGAGAAUAGACUUUGUACACUUCACAAUAGGCCAACCAAAUAGAGCUACAGGAGAAUGUGAUGAGGACGCCAUGAUUUUGGGAGAAGGGACCAACAACUUCACUAUAUGUGGACAGAAUCACGGACAGCACUUGUAUUAUACAUUAACGAAUGAGAGGGAGAAGCGUGACAGCGAGGAGUUAUCCGGCACGAGAGGGACCCGUCUCUCCAUACGCAUCCGAGGCACGGAGAUGCCGCGGAUUUGGCUGCUGCGUCUGGCACAGAUGCCGCUCGCGUACUCCGCACCACACGACUGUCUGCAGUGGUACAGGGAGAAUAAUGGUACGAUCAAAACGUUCAACUAUGCGAUCAACGGGCGCCACCUGUCCGGACAUGACUACCGGGCGUGUGUCAGACACAACGUGGGUUACUGUUCCAUGAGGUACACGCCGUGCGACGGUCGCUCGUUCAGGAUCGGCGCUGGUGGAGGUCAAUGGUCGUUUAACUAUGCGAUCAACUGGCGCCACCUGUCCGGACAUGACUACCGGGCGUGUGUCAGACACAACGUGGGUUACUGUUCCGUGAGGUACACGCCGUGCGACGGCCGCUCGUUCAGGAUCGGCGCUGGUGGUGGUCAAGUCCAGAAUACAGAUCCUGUGAGUACAUCAAUGUCCACGGAAGUUCCUGGUGAUAUACAAGAAGAUCAGAUGGAAGGCUCUGGUGCUGAUCCAAAUAUAGCGCCGACCAUCCAGUCUGCACCAGUUAAGCAAUCCUCGAGCUUUACUUCUAUGAUCUGGAGCUUUAUCUGGCCAUCUUGGCUCUGGGGGCAGAGCGGCAGGAGUUCCGGCCGGGGUGAAAGGUGGAACGCCAGGACGUGGGACAACAAUUGGAGCCAUGAUUAUCCUGAUGAAGAAGAUCCUCGUAGCGGACAAGAAAUCAUGCUUUGGGAUGGUGAAGAUGAAAUCAAUGAAGCUAAAACGGCCCGAAAUGCAAGGGAUAUACUAUGGGAUAGCAAGAAAUGGGACUUAGCAAAUUUUGGUUGGAUGCGUCUGUCCCCCUAUGCUCAGCAUUUCAAAGGAGUAGAUGAUAAGUUAAGAUACUAUGGAUAUGGAAACUAUGGUGCUGGUUUGAAGGGCUAUGGAAGGCAGAGAUGCCAAGACAGAAUAACCAUACAGUGUGAGAAUGAAUAUUUUGUAUCCAGUUCGUUGUACAGCUUGCCAGGAGUGUGUGAUCCUCAUCACUGCGGCUCCAGCUUCUGCCCAGGUGUGCAGUUUGAUCAUUGUCGAGUGGAGACUUCGGUGAAGCCGUUCAAAGUGUCCGUACACUUUGGACCUCCCACCAAGAAGUCCAAUCCUGAAGAGAAUAUCGGCGCUUGUUUGAGAUAUAACCAGUUGCCGUGUGAUGUAUGAUACCUUUUAUUAUAGGGUAUUGGUAUUAGUGACCAACGAAAUUUCAGUUUCGACUGUGGUUUCGGUUUCGGUCCUGAUUUCUGUUUCGGUUUCAGUCAUGAUUUCGGUUCCGGUUAUGAUUUCGCUAACGGUUUUAGUCUCAAUUUCAUCCUUUAAAGUGAUCGUACGGAUUUGACCUCAAUAAGAUUAAACUCAAUAAAUAAGUUGAAUCCUGAAGAUAAUAUCGACACCUGUUUAACGACUGAUUAUGAUGCCGUGUGAUGUAUGAACAAUUUUAUUACAGAGUAUUGGAACCGACGAAAUUUCUGUUUCGAUUUCGGUCACGAUUUCGGUUUCGGUUAUGAUCUUGAUUUCGAUUUUGGUAUCAGUGUGUAUCAGUGUAGUCCCGAUUUAAUCCUCCAAAGUGAUUCAUUAGACAUUCUAAUCCUAAACAAAAUAUAGGUUCAUGUUUGUAAUAUCAACCGAAAUAUUUGUUAUCGUAUAACAUUUAAUAGAUUAUAUCCUGGACUGUCCGAAUAAAAUUUCUGGUUUGUUUUCAUUAGUAAAUUGACCGAAUC